AUGUGUCGAGGGAUCAACGCCUAUCCCUUGCCCCCUUGUGGUCCACGUCGUGCAUUGCCAUUAGAAACAGUACCUAAACCUAGUCCUUAUAUAUCACCAGAUCACUCCCUCCAGUCCAAACUAUCCUUCCAUCAGCAAAGAGAGAGGAAGACACAGAGAGGCAUGGAUUUUCAUCUUAAUUGGACCUACUUAGUCCAAGAAAAGAGUAUGGAUGAGAUGAGGCAAUCUCUACUGCUGACUAUGGAACUAGAAGACACAAAAUUAAAGGCACAAGAAGAAAUCGAAGCAAGAGAUUGUCAAAUAGCCCAACUAAAACAUAUGCUUAGUAAAGCCAUCGAAGAAAGGGAUGAAGCACAAAGUAAGUGCCAAAAUAUGUUGUUUGAAAAGCUUUUGCUUCAACAACAAUCAGCUCCGCAUUCUGGGAUUUCAAGCAUUGAAGAUGAUCACCCCAGAAGAGGAAUUGACUCUAAUAAUGGUUUUUCUUCAUCAGAUUGUGAAGAAAGUAUUGUUUCAUCACCACUCCAAUUGCCACCACAGCUUCCGGCAGAACCCGAACUGGAGUUACCAAUAGUGAUUGACAUGCCAUUGCCGGAAAAAGGCAAGCUUUUGCAAGCAGUAAUGAAAGCAGGGCCACUCCUACAGAACCUUCUCCUAGCUGGCCCUCUUCCACAGUGGCGCCACCCUCCACCACCACUUGACACCUAUCAGAUUCCACCGCCACCUUUAGUAGUUCCAUCACAACCACCACUAGCACCACCAGCAAUGCCCACUCAUUUCAUCAACGAAGACUCAUUGCACAACAUCCUACCUACCAGCAACAACGUUAACAAGAUAAACAAGAAAAGAACACUGUCUGAUCAGAGCUCUGAUUCAUAUAUGGACUUGAAGUACCAAAAGGUUUUCGUCCAAUGA